GAAGCGGUGCUUGAAGGCGAUUACUUCAGUCUGGAGCCGUCAACUAUUCCUGCCCUUAUCCCACACUUGCGGAACUUGUCGGAAUUCUGCUUGCCACUUGGCUUUAUUGUUCCCGAUGAGUUCUGGAACGCAUUGCUUGACGCAGAUGUGCACCUUCCUUACAUGUUACAUCUGUGUCCGAGUGCACCCGGAAAUGACCAAACCGAUACACGUUUAUUUCUCCGUCACAUCAUUCCAGCACACUCGUCGAGUUUAACAAGUAUCGUGGUUCAACCCAAAUAUGCAGGAUCCUGGUGUUUCGAUAUUCCCAUGCUCAAAGCUCUAUUACUCUGCACCAAUCUUGAGCACAUUGCAAUCAGUAUCGAUAUGCAGAGGGCUCAAGUGAAACACAACGAAAACGUCAUUACAAAACUGCUGAAGAAUGUACAACAUUGGCAUUCUCUGAGACAGCUGGAAAUUGCGGCGAUAUCUACUGAUCCCACGGCCCGUUCUCCCAGUACUGCUGAUGAAGAAAAAUCUCUCAAGGAGGAUAUUUGUGUUCGCAUUGUGAAUUGUCUAAUGAAAUUCGGGUGCAGAGACCUGACCCUUCAGAUGCUCAAGCUGAUGGUCGAUACGGAUUUUAUAUACAAUCUUCAGCCUUGCCUAUUCGAGUCUGAUUCGCAGAUCUACAUAUUUCUUCCACCACGCCUCCCAGGGAUGAGGGAUGGUAUGGAAGCUAUCCCAAUUCUUGACAAGAUCGAAGGGGAGUUUAUUCAUUUCAUAUAUAUUUUACCAGAAUGAGUAGUACUAUGAGCUAUGUCUUCAGCAGGUCGCUAUGGAAUA